AUGUCCGACCAGGACUUGAAAAGGCCCGUAAGAGUUAACGGGUUUGCGUUUCCCCUGUUCUGCGAAGAGGAUAUCGAGCGACUUGAACUGAUGGUGCAGCUAAAUCCGAGCAUUCGCGAGCAGUUUCACGUCGGGUACAAAUCAGCAUCGUAUCACGUCGAAAAAGGGAAGAGGAUCAAAAAUCAAACUCGGACGCAUAUCCAAAGGAUGUACUGCUGCGCCACCUCUGCCCCACGCCCGAUACCUGGGAAAGACGCGCAGCCACCAGCAAGUUCAGCUCAGCCUUUAGCCGGUGUCAUCACAACAGUUGUAGUGCCAAAGGCAAUAAAGUACUCGAUCUACACGGUUACAGGCUCUGUAAGAAGAAAACAACCAAAAACCUUACUUGGUGGUCUUGUAUACACAAAAAGUGCAAGGCACGUUCCGCGACAAUCGGUGAAAGGAACCCUUGAAAGUAACCUUGGAGCUUCGCAUAUCCCUAGCUAUAGUACGACACCUUCCGCCACCUUUGUCCACAGGCCGGUUGACCAAAUUCCGGAACCCAUCGAGGUGCGUCGUGCACCUUCCACCUCCAGUGCGAUCAAAUUCAUUCGCAGUCAGAAAAAGAAUGCCCAACUGGUGUACAAGGGUUUCCUGUACAAUCGGAAAUUGACCCAGCAAAAUGGCAAUACCACGUGGCGGUGCAUCGAUGUUACGAAGUUACGCUGCAAAGCGAUUUGCGUUAUCAAAUUCAACAAAUUGAUACGUGCCAAACGGCAGCAUGCUCAUGAGAACCAUGAGAGUAAGAUCAGGAAUCGACCGCUGUACGACUAUCCGGAAGAUUUGGAAGAAUAUCUGGACAUCUACUCUAGGGAUCCCAUUUCAGCGUCGCAAAAGCUGGACGUCAUCGACGAUGGAACCGAUUAUAAGCUGGUCGUUCGGAAUACCAUCGAAGAAGUCGUGCAUGAAGCACCUGGGAGUCAUAUAGGAGACAUGAUGGCGAGUGGGACGGAUACGUUCUAUGCGACACCUCAGUAACACAUUCUAGUACUACAAUUGAAACUAAAUCGUAAUAAUAAAGCUUGUACAAAGUCUG